AUGGCACAAGAACUUCAACACGACAACAAGGCUACGGAGAUGGGCGCCUCGCCAAUUCUCGUCCAAUUUUGGAGCACCAUGACCUCCAUCCUGAGUGACCACGAGGUCUGGCGAUGCUUCUUCUACCUCCUCGCUCUCAUCUCCAUCAGCCACUUCAUUCUCAACCUCAUACUAUCCAAAGUCUCAAUCAUACGACCGCUCUUCACCAAAAUCCACACUAUGCUCUCUGACGAUAAAGAAUACCUCAAGAUCAUGUACAUUAUCCUUUUCUGGAUAUGUUGGAAUCUCGAAUCGGCGGCCGAGGUUUAUUUAGGGAGGAAUAAAAACGUGGCUCCUGGUUCGUGGCUUGAGAGGGGUGAGUUGAUUAUCGGUGGGAUUUGUGUUGUGUGGUAUCCGUUUCAGGCUUAUUGGACGGUGAAGCUGCAUUUAUGUCGAAGGAAGAGGUUGGCGGGGGAGACGGGGGUUGGGAAGAAGAAGGUUGGUGGUGAGGGGGUUUAG